ACUGUCAGCUCCGACGAGACAGGUCCGGGGAUGUGAGGGAUUUCUGCUCCGAAAACGCCGACACCAUGCUCUGAAGUGUCGUAUCUCCCACUUUUCCAGCUCAAUCGACAGCUUUUUACGAUUGCAAUGCGGUUUUAUUGGAGUAUAGCGCUUUUUGGACUUGUGUUGCUGGCUGUCUUGCGCGCAACAGAUGGCUUGGAAACAGUGGUGCGCCCCUACAGUGGAUCCUCCGUGACCAUUUCCACCGACCAAUCAGGGUGUAGUGUGUGUGAGGUCAGCGGGGUCAACGCCACGGAGACGACCUGCCACCAGUCCCUCUCACUGACCCCCGAACAGGAAGUGAAGCUACAGUUCAACUGCUCUGAGCCCAUAGAGCAGGCUUUCUCUGUCUCCAUCACACACACAAUCGCAUGCACAGAAUCCUCUUGUACCCCCGACUCUGCAGAGGUCGACCCAGAUCUCUUCAAGGGCUUCAAACGAACUCUAGCAUGGGACAUCAAUAUACCCCCAAAAACUGUCUUAACUCUAGCCUUCCCUGAGUCAGGACUCGAGGAGACUUCUGGUUCUUGUCCUGAUGGUUUUCAAUACUUUAUCAGCUCCAGUAAAAGUGAUGGGACCCCCAAAAAGAGCAGUUACUGUCGGGGUACGUCUCUGUCCUCUCUGCAUUUGUCUGGACAAACUAAAAUUAUCCUGGAAGUGCCAAAAGAUCAAGACCUGCCCCAAACAGUGUUCACAGCCAAGGCUGCAAAAAGAGGCAGCCGGAUGCUCUCAGUAACCACAGACCCGGACACAAAGGUCACGAUCAAACGCGACCCCCAGGGCCCAGACUGUGACGUGUGCGUGACAAAAGACUCCAAACGCACCUGCACCCAUAAACAGGUGCUGAGGGACCCCCGAAACGUGACUGUGGAGUUCAGCUGUAAGACCCCCCAGGACUACUACACUGUUGAGAUCAUCAGGGACAUUGACUGUGCAAAGACCUCUUGCUCCAGCGACAUCCUCCAGACUGAAUACUCCAUGUUCCCAGACUUUAACCGGACUUUCAUCUGGGACCUUAAAGUGAUCCCGACCCAGGCCUUCCAGCUGGACUUCCCUGAACCUGGAAUGAAACAGAUCCCAAACAAGCAUGCCUGUCCGGAUGAGCACACCUACUCUGUGGUCACCUAUCUGCGAACGGGACCUGCCACCAUUGGGACUUUCUGUAAGGGGGGUGCUGUGUCCUCUGUCCUGGUCCGAUACAAGGGGCGCAUGUUUUUGGAGGUCCCUGGAGACAGAAAACUGGACCCUGUGGACUUCAAAUUCAGCCAUGGCCCUCAGACUGAAAUGGUGGCCAUACUCAAAGUGAACCUGCCCAGAGGAGUCUCAAACACAACCUUCAUCACACCUAAUUAUCCUGGCGAGUUUCCAGACACUGAGGAAAUGCAGUGGGACUUUGUGGUCCCUGGGAUGCACAACUACAGCAUGAGUUUCUCCGACUUCACUCUCCCAGAAUGCCUCAGUGAUGAUGUCAUUUUGCAAUAUUAUAAAACAGAUGCGAAAGUCACAAAAUUCAGUCUGACCGACCCACCACCAAAACAUCAACAAGGAAACUUUCAAAUGGUGCUCAAAAACUGUGCUACAAACAGGACUCUUCAAGGACUAACCCUGAACUUUAAAGUGUCUGUCAUGAGGAGUGGACAUCCAGUUUUGUGCACAGUGGACCUGUCGACGCAGCCAUCUGUGUCAGUGCAGAUUGAGAAAGUGGGCUCUGAUCCAUACUGUGAGAUGACCCUCGACUCCAACCUCCAAACCAAGAUAAAUGUGGCGUCAGGGACCAAAGGGAAGCUGUCUUUUCUGGACUGUCCCAAUGAAGAUUUGCAACUCACUGCCACUCAAGUGAUAGAAUGCCGAGACUCCUCCUCCUGCCCUGAAUACCUUCUCACCACCCCAAAGCUGGACUCCUGUUUGCCGAUGCCCCUCCACAGCGUCCUCUGGAGGAUCAUCAUGUCUCAGGAGAGCACCGUGGACCUGGCCUCUCCCACUGGGAGCUUCAGGCAGUCUCUGGUGGGACAGGAGUGUAGUGGUCCUGUGUCUUUACACCUAGGGGACAGCGAAGGGUCUUUGGGGGACUUCUGUUUUAACGGUCCCAUUCAGAAAGUCCAGGCCCACACCAACAUCUCUAUAACAGCCAAAACGGAGGACCUCAAGAACUACAAAGGACACUUCCUCAAUGUGUCCUUUAGCCCAGAAAUACCAGAGACCAUGAUCUACAGCGUGACCCCUGAUCCCACAGCCCCCAUCCUCCUGGGGACCCCUAACUGGCCGAGGGGCAUGGGUUCAUCCUCCACAGUCUCCUGGAUUGUUACUUUGCCCAGAAACUACCAGGCACUGCUCCACUUCAGCAAUGUGAGCCAGCCGAAGUGUGCGGACCGCCACACCAGUAUCAAAGUGCGCAUGCUCGGAUAUGAAGAGGAGCUGAUGAGCCGAAGAGAGGACGAAGCCAUAGACGAUAAACUGAUUGUGCCCUACAGUUUUUAUUUAAACAUGUCCAACUGUGUCCCAGAAGGGGGAGACUUCGGGGCGGUGGCUAAAAUCAUCCUGCAAAAGAAAAGCAAUCUGUUGGCCAUUGUCCUGGGACUUGCUGGGGCGCUCCUGCUGCUCCUCAUUAUUCUUGUGGUCGUCUGUGUCGUGGCAAAGAAAAAGAAGCAGAAGAUGUCUAAUGAGUCUUCUAUCUACAUCGGAAAGGGGAACAUUUUCCGCCCAAAUGACCGCACGUUCAAAUCACGCUCGGACAACGAUUCUCACGUUUACGCCUCCAUCGAUGAGACCCUCACGUACGGGCAUCUCCUUGGCGACAAUAGCUAUGCUGACUCCAUGUCCGACCACUUUAAGGGCAUCCAGACGGACUCCUACCACACCUUCACUGGACCAACGGACACAACAGCCUUACCCACCAUCAAAGAACCGGACCUGGAACCAGAACUGGACCAGUAUCGUGGGUUUUUGGAGCCCUCUGAAAGCUUCAUCCCAUCUAGACCCCGGACCCCCAUAAACAGGCAGGACAGUCUUGGUUUUCAGGACCGGAGAAUGGUGGAUAAUGAGUUGUACACAUUCAAAAGUACAGGGGAAUUUAACACUAUCAGGUUAUCAGGGGCGGAUAUGGACCCCCAACCACCCAUAGACACAGUGACAGAGGAGUUGUAGCAGGACAUCUCAUCUCAUCAGAUUAAAGAUGCACUGUGUAACUUUUCUGAUGGAGCGUCCGCCACCUGCUUGUCUUUAUGGAGAUGUUAUUGUUUGGUCUGGAAUUAAGCAUAUCCAUCUUGCAUUUACUCAAUAACAUGGGUUUUUAUUGACCCAAAAACAUGUAUUCUAACUGUGAGUGGGCUCGCCUCUCCACAGAUCUGAUAUAUAACCUGGCCUUGUGAUGUCACCUGCUGUCUUUGUAGAGAUAAAUAAGUGUUAUAUCUUACUGUGGAACAUUACGGGCAAUAUCUCCAGGGAGAGAAAGUUACACAGUGCACAUUUUAAGGUAUAAAGGACAUUUUUUAGUAGUUCAAUUUAAAAAUUAUGUUUUCAUGUAAAGUUAAAUUUAUUUGGCUCCAGUACAAAUAUAUUGUAAAAGGAGUUCAAAAUAGGACCACAGUGGCUGUCCUCAAUUUAUUUAUUUAUUUUUUAUCCUCUGUGAACCAGGACGUCCACUAUUAGCAUGCUAGUUGUUGAGAGCAAACCUCCACUCUGGCUUCUGAAUGUUGUGAAAUGCAAAAAAGCGCUUUAGGAAAGUGAGGAAUAACUCUGGACCAAAAGGCUUAAAAUUAGUUUUUCAUGUUUUAAGACCGUUAAUGUCUGAUACAGUGCUUUUAAUUUAAUUUCAGGGAUUUAUCUAUUUUAAUUAUUGUUAACAGGCUAAACAAUAAUCAAGUUUUUUUUAAAUCCUUUUGCUCUUAGUUUUAUGAGAGGCAGGGUAUGACAAGAUCCUUCAAAACUAUUCUGAACAGAUCUAGAAAAAUUAAUAAUUCAUUGAUUUACAUGAUUUGUAAUUCUUAUCAAUCAUGGAUUAUGUCUGACACAAAAGAUAAACAUAAUUUGAAAGUUCCCUUUAUUUAUUUUAUAAUUUGGAUUAAUAAUGUUUAUAUUAGUACUAAUUACAUAAACUAAGUGGUUAUCCAGUUACAUGGGAGGGUCUAUAGACUCAGACCAUUCACUCACAUUUUCUUUAACCAGAGGCAAUUCUGAGUUUCUAGUUUGAUUAAAACAUCAUAAAAAAUAUAAAUAUUGUUACUGCAACAUUGACUUUCUUAUACACCUUGAAUUGAACUACUAAAAUAUAAGUAAUGUUUCCUCUACAGUCCUUCUAUGCAUUGAUGUAGGACUGAAACUGAACAUGAGCUGUGGACUUUUUGAAUGUAUUUAGGUGAUUUUUAUUUUUUUUUAAUGAUGUUUAGUUUUAUUAAAUCUUCCUGGAACAAGGGACUUUUUUUUAUAAUGUUAAUAGUUUUUUAGAUUUUCAUUUUUGACUUGUAAAUAUAAUUUUAGUUUUUGGAAUAAAUGAUUUUAAGAUUGCUUUUUUACAGAUACAUUUUGUUUUCCUUAAAUUUGACAUUUCAGGUUAGUGGUGCAUUUUUGACCACAUGAAUCUCAAAGUUGAAAACAAGUUGAGGUUUUGGACUGACUGCAGAUCCAAUCUGGAAACCAAACCAGGAUUUACCAUAAAAGGGCUCUGUGUGUUUCACUACCAACAAUAUGAAAGCCAGUUUUACAUAUUUUCAUUCACUUGCAUGGACACGCUCUCAGAAUCUUCCAGUUUUUUCCUCUAGAAACAAGAAACACAAUCCCAAACAAGUGCUUUUAUGGAGUUUAUUGAGAAAACAUUGAAAAGUACACGAAAAGUAUUGAGUAAGAUUGAACUGAGAUGAGUUUUGGCUCCAUAAAAUCAAUAAAUACAUUAAUUUUAAAGGUGCAUUGCGUAACUUUUCUGGUGGAGGGUCCGUCACCUGCUUUGUUUCUAUGGAUAUGCCAUUGCUGUGCCCCAAAUGUUCCACAGUAUGACUUUACCGACUACCCUAAAUUUAUUAAAUUACAGGUUGAAAAAAACAGGCCUUCUGACCAUAAGCAGGUUUGCCUCUCCACAGGUCUGACCUGUAACUUGCUUCGGUCUCCAUGAAGAUAGAAAGGUUUAAUGCCAUACUGUGUAACAUUUCCAGACACAGCAAUAACAACUCCAAGCAGAAAAGCAUUUAACGAACCCUCCACCAGAAAAGUUACACAAUGCACCUUUUAACAAGAAUCCUUUUUAGAUUUCAUUUAUUUCCUGCUUGGUUAGACUGAUGUUUCUAUCAUGUCUACAUCAAUUUUCAGGUUUCUUUUUUUUUUUAAAAGAACUUUGCAUUUGAUUUUGUUACGAGAGAAGUAAUAUUGCUUUGGUAAAUGUUUGGACUGGAAAGAUUAAACAUUGGUUAGGCUUCAAAA